AUGGCCGCCGCAGCAGUCUCCACCCCGAGCCCCGAGGACAUCUCCGCCGCCUCCUAUGUCGGCUUCGACUCGAUCACGCGCCAGAUCGAGCACAAGCUGCUGAAGCGCGGAUUCCAGUUCAACGUCAUGGUUGUUGGCCAGACUGGUCUCGGCAAGUCGACCCUCGUCAACACCCUCUUUGCGUCGCACCUCGUCGACUCGAAGGGCCGCACCGAGCCCGACAUUGCUCCCCGCGCGACCACCGAGAUCCACCCCAAGUCGCAGGUUAUUGUUGAGAACGGUGUCCGCCUCAAGCUUAACAUUAUCGACACUCCCGGUUACGGCGACCUCGUCAACAACGAUGGCUGCUGGGAGCCGAUUGUCAAGCACAUCAAGGACCAGCACUCUGCCUACCUCCGCAAGGAGCUGACCGCCAUGCGUGAGCGCUUCAUCCCCGACACCCGCAUCCACUGCUGUGUUUUCUUCAUCAACCCCACCGGCCACACCCUCAAGCCCAUUGACAUUACCGUGCUCAAGAAGCUGUCCGAGAUUGUCAACGUCGUCCCCGUCAUUGCCAAGGCCGACAGCCUGACCCUCGAGGAGCGCGAGGCCUUCAAGCAGCGCAUCAUGGCCGAGCUGCAGUACAACCAGAUCAGGCUGUACCCCUUCGACGGCGAGGACCUGGACGCCGAGGAGCUCGACGUCAACGAGCGUGUCCGCUCUAUGCUUCCCUUUGCCGUUGUCGGCUCUGAGCGCAACGUCAUUGUCGACGGCAAGUCGGUUCGCGGCCGCAAGAACCGCUGGGGCACCAUUGUCGUCGAGGACGAGACCCACUGCGAGUUUGUCUACCUCCGCAACUUCCUCACCCGCACCCACCUCCAGGACCUCAUCGAGACCACGAGCCAGAUCCACUACGAGACCUUCCGCUCAAAGCAGCUCCUUGCCCUCAAGGAGUCGUCUGCCAAGCAGCAGCAGGCCACCCCUGCUUAA